CAGGUUUUCCACGAGACCGCUCUUCACGACCCUCGCCUCGCCUCUUCUCACUCACCUCUCACCUCUACUCAGACAAGUAGAGUCUGUUCUGUCCCUACCCGAGGUGAUCCCUCCCCCUUGUUGCAUUUCGCCCUGCCUCAUCGCAAUCGUUCCGAGAUCCCAAGCCCAAAGGAGUCCAGUCAGCCCCGGGUUUCUUGCUGCUCGAUUGUGGUUCUCGAGGUUGGGUUAAACCACUACCUAGGUACUGCAUCCCACCGCUCAUCCCACACCCCCAGUCUUCAGUCUCCGUCAUGUUGCAAUGAUUUGACCCAUUCUCCAUACCCUUUCUCUUACCUACCUUACCUUGCCUCGACCUUUUUUUUCUCUUUGGUCUCCGCCAGAGCUAUCCAUACACCAUACCGACAAUUGAAUCUUUAAACAACCCCCUUUAGAAACUCUCUUCCCUUCCUUUUCCUCUUCCCUCUUUUUCCUGUUCCUGGGAUGUGUGGCAAGAGAUGGUGAUCGGGAACCGAGAUUUUUCGACUUUCAGGAGUAAGAGUACCAAGAGCACUAAGAGUGACUCGGGGAACGGGGACGAUGCGUCCAUAGGCACGCACGAGAGCUCGUACGAGCACCCUCUGGCUCGCAAAGGCUACGAUAUUGGCCCCGCGUCGAGAUGCGAGGUGGGCGACGUCUUUGAGUUCCUUUGGGCAGACUCGCACGAGUUCGAGUGGGAGUGGAAGUGCCUUGGCUACACGCGCUUCAUCGUCCUUCGACACAGCGACACUUUUCCGCAUUACUGCCACUGUGUUCCCAUCUCCACCCCCACGAAAAAUGACUUCCAGAAACCCGGAAUCGAUUCGAGCCAGCAGGGCUACGUCUUUGACGAAAACGACCGCACCCCGCCCUUCGAUCGUCUCCCCUUCUCCCCCGUCGGCAUGCAACUGCGUCCGGGCAAGUUCCGCGUGAAAGAAAAUUCACGCGCAAACUACGCCGACGUGCUCGAGAUCGACCACGAUGCACAAGUCAUGGUCGUCGGCGACGUCACGCGCUACUUUGACCGGGUGCGGAGGAACGUCAACAAGGCCGUCAUGCGCAACGUGUUGAAAAAGGCGUUGGAGCAGUACCGCCAGGGCAAGCUCGUCGGCAAAAAGGGCGCCAAGCUCGAGGCGAGCGUCGUCAACGGCGGUGGGAGUCAGGACGACGAGGAGGAGUUCAACUUUGACGAGGAGCCCGAGGACGGAAGCGAUCCGGACCAUCCCGAUGUGUUCCUGCGACCGGAUGAGACCUCGUCCGUCAUCGAGAAGCGGAAACCCGAUCGAGGAGACCGUAGCGACCGCAGCGACCGGGAACGCGACCGAGACCGGGACCGGGAACCCCUCGUCAGCGCAGAAAUGCCGCCCCCUCCGCCCCCGGCCCCGCCGCUGCCGCCGAUGGACCUCCCGUCCCCGAUGCCGAUGCAGCAGCCGUCGCCCCCGCGAGAGCGAGAGCGCGACGACGCGUCCUCGAUCCGGUCCCACGCGUCUCGAGAGAGAAGGCAUUCCCGGAAAGAAGCGCCCCCGCCGAGAGGUGAAGACCUCCCGCGGAAAAUGUCGGAUCACCACGUUGACGGCGCCGCUCGGCCGUACAGACAGCGCAUCGACCUUCCGCGAUCCCGGAGUCAUCGGGCCUCUGAACACGAGGUCUCUGCUUCAAUGUACGACGUCGCUACGGCCAGGGCGGACUGAGAAAAAAAAAAACAUGAGUUGUGACAUUGGGAUCUGAUGGGUGAUGAGAUGACGCGCAUUUCUAGGAUGAUGAUGAUAUGGUUACCAUCGAUCGAUCGGCUCUUGAAACGGGUGCUAUGAGUGGCACGACGGCGGCUCUGAAUGUCUUUUUUUUCCUUCUCUUUUUUUUAUGACACCUAUCAUGAUUGCAUGCAUCAAAUGCCUCUUUUGCUUUUUCCCUGCUGCGACUACAACAUCAACAUACAACAAAUAACGAGAAUCCGCCAGCAUUCACGGAGUACAAUUAGACUUGUUUGGUAUUUCCUUUCUGCUUUUAUUUUCUUCACAAUCAUCAUGAUCUUCAGAAGAUACAUUACCAAAAAAACUGUACAAACGAUAAUCAGACUGCGAGUUUUGUCUCCUCUCCUCCGCACUCAAGAUCUCAUGAUACAUCCAGG